UGGCCUCCUCCCUCCGCCGCCUCCAUCUCUAGCCCGUCGCUAGUGGCGUAACCGGGGCUUGCUCGAGAGUCGCGUCAGCCGCCGCCGCCGCCGCCGCCGCGCUGGGUGUGAGCGGAAGCCGGCCUGUGAGGGGCAAGGAGGGAUGGGGAGGGGGACCUUCGCGCCCUUCUGCGUCUAAUAGGAGCCGCCUCCGCCGCCGCCGCCUCCCCCGGGCCCGCUUGGGCUGCUGGAGCCAUGGACAAAGCCGUCGGUGGGCAGAAUGUGAAACUGUCUGCUGAGGUAGAACCAUUCAUUCCUCAGAAGAAGGCUCCUGAUUCACUCAUGAUGCCAAUGGUGCUGCCUAACGAUGGCGGAAGUGUUGGUGGUGUGGAACCAACUCCUAUUCCCAGCUAUCUGAUUACUUGCUACCCGUUUGUUCAGGAAAACCAGUCCAAUAGACAACUUCCGCUGUAUAAUAAUGACAUCAGGUGGCAGCAGCCUAACCAGAACCCCACCGGGCCGUACCUUGCGUAUCCCAUUAUAUCAGCUCAGCCGCCUGUGUCAGCCGAGUACACCUAUUACCAAUUGAUGCCGGCGCCAUGCGCUCAAGUCAUGGGCUUCUAUCACCCAUUCCCGGCGCCUUACUCCGCGCCCUUCCAGGCAGCAAGCGCUGUGAGUACAGUUGCAGCAGAAUGCACAGAUCGUCCAGCCCAGCCAAGUCAGGUCUUUCCGUUGUGUAGGCAGAGGAGCAGAAGUGCCACCAGGGGACCAGCCAUACAAAAACAGCAGCCUUUGCAGUCGCACAUAAAAAACAAAAGGCCUCCAGUGAAAAGUGUUGCUACUCAGAAAGAGACCAGUGCAUCGGGCCCUGAGAGCAGACCGAAAAUCGUGUUGCUUGUGGAUGCUUGUCAACAAACGGACUUCCCCUCAGAGAUAGCCAAUAAGUCACUCUCGGAGAGCAUGACCAUGAUGCACUGGAAACCAAAAGGCAGGCGACGGCGGACCUCCCACCCAGCGGAAUCCUCUAGUGAGCAAGGAGCUAGUGAGGCAGACAUCGAUAGCGAUAGUGGGUACUGUAGUCCUAAGCACAGCAACCAGGCUGCGGCCAUGAGUUUGAGAAGCACCGACUGUGUUGCACCAAAUAUUGGGGAGCCAUCAGUACAUUCAGGUGGUGUCACUUGGUCCAGUGUCAGCUCCCAGGCUACUCAGAAAAAGCCCUGGAUAGAGAGAGCACCAUCUUUCACAAGAGGGGGAAGGCAGCCUGAGCAUCGUAGUAAUUCACAGCCUGCCUUUCGAUGCAGGGGGCAUAGCACAUCUUCAGAAAGAAGACAGAACUUGCAGAAACCCGUAGCAGGAAGCCAGUCAAACAGAAAAGACCAGAGUCCUGAGCCUUUAUAUUUUCAGGAUGAAGAAGAAUUUCCAGAAUUAAAUGGCGACAGUGGAAAUUCUAAAAGUGCAACUAUGCAGCAGAAACAUGCACCAAAAGUGUUGGAUGACUUGCCUGAGAAUUCCCCAAUCAACAUCGUACAGACUCCAAUUCCAAUCACUACCUCCGUUCCAAAGCGGGCAAAAAGUCAAAAGAAGAAAGCUCUGGCUGCAGCAUUGGCCACAGCUCAGGAGUAUUCAGAAAUCAGCAUGGAGCAGAGGAAACUGCAGGAAGCAGUUUCUAAAGCGGCUGGGAAAAAGAGUAAAACGCCUGUACAGUUAGACUUGGGUGACAUGCUGGCGGCCCUUGAGAAACAGCAGCAAGCCAUGAAGGCUCGCCAGAUCACCAAUACCAGGCCCCUCUCAUACACAGUUGGCAGCCCGGCUCCUUUUCAUGCCAAAGAACCUGCUAAUCGAAAAUCUUUAGGUAAAGGUCAGCCUUCAGUAAGUUGUCUCAAUCCAUUGGAUUCCACUGCCCCCAAAAUAAAACGAGGGAAGGAGAGAGAGCUUUCAAAGUUGAAGCGUCCCACAGCACUUAAAAAGAUUAUCUUGAAAGAGAGAGAAGAGAAGAAAGGACGCUUGUCUGUUGACCAGAACCUUCUGGGUGCUGAUGAAGAACAAGAGGUACCUGUGGACCUGACUGCCAACCCGUCCGAAGAUCUAGCAUCUCAAGAAGAAACUGGCUUGAGUAUGCCCAGUGACGCCUCGCUCUCCCCAGCAAGCCAGAACUCUCCCUAUUGCAUGACUCCAGUUUCCCAAGGAUCUCCUGCCAGUUCAGGGAUAGGGAGUCCAAUGGCAUCUUCAACCAUAACCAAAAUUCACAGCAAGAGAUUCAGAGAGUACUGUAAUCAAGUCCUAAGUAAAGAAAUAGAUGAGUGUGUGACUCUCCUGUUGCAAGAGCUUGUCAGCUUCCAAGAACACAUUUACCAAAAAGACCCCAUGAGAGCAAAGGCAAAGAGGAGGCUUGUGAUGGGUCUGCGAGAGGUGACUAAACAUAUGAAGCUCAACAAGAUCAAGUGUGUCAUCAUUUCUCCCAACUGUGAAAAAAUCCAAUCAAAAGGUGGACUGGAUGAAGCCCUGUAUAAUGUAAUAGCUAUGGCUCGGGAGCAGGAAAUCCCUUUUGUCUUUGCUCUUGGGCGUAAAGCUCUCGGCCGCUGUGUGAACAAGCUAGUUCCAGUGAGUGUGGUGGGAAUCUUCAAUUACACUGGUGCUGAGAACCUCUUCAACAAAUUAGUGUCACUAACGGAAGAGGCCAGGCAGGCCUACCGAGACAUGGUUGCAGCCAUGGAGCAAGAGCAGGAGGAGGCCUUGAAGAACAUUAAGAAAGUGCCCCACCACAUGGGCCAUUCUCGGAACCCUUCCGCAGCAAGCGCCAUUUCGUUCUGCAGUGUUAUUUCUGAGCCCAUCUCAGAAGUGAAUGAAAAGGAGUAUGAAACCAAUUGGAGGAACAUGGUGGAAACAUCUGAUGGCUUAGAAACCUCUGAGAAUGAAAGAGAGGCCUGUUGUAAGGUCACUGCUCCAGAAAAACCUGGCAACCCUGCGGUGGUGGUGGCAGAGGCAGAGGCAAAUUCCACCAUGGCAACAACUGCUAAUAAACAGCUCUCUCUAGCCACAGUCGGGAUUGCCUCAGUCAUGAUUCAUGGGAAAGGACUGGGUGGGAAAGAGGAGGUGAAGCCAGACGAUCUGGAAUGGGCCUCUCAGCAGAGCACAGACACGGGGUCCUUGGACGGCAGUUGCAGGGAUAUUUUGAACUCCUCUAUGACCAGUACAACCAGUACUCUUGUCCCAGGAAUGCUUGAGGAAGAAGAGGAUGAGGAAGAGGAGGACGAAGAUGACUAUGCUCAUGAACCUAUAUCUGAGGAAGUCCAGCUCAACAGCAGAAUUGAAUCUUGGGUCUCUGAGACCCAACGGACUAUGGAAACACUCCAGCUUGGGAAGAGCCUCAGUAGUGCAGAGGAUGAUAAUGUCGAGCAAAGUGAGGAGGAAGAACUAGAAACCCCCGAGCAAGUCGACUCGGUCAUCGACAGUGAAGAAUGGACGACGGAUAAACAGACGUGUAAAUCCCAGCAGAAGCCUGCCACCUGCGGGUCUUUGGAUACCAAGCGUACUGACUCUAACUAUAUACCAUAAAACACAAGCACAAACUCAGGAAACUAAUAUUUUAAAAAUUUAACUGUUGUAAGGAUUUGCAGCCAUGGCUUUGCGUGCUUCAUCUCAGCGUUUUGCACUGUGUCAUGUAUAAUAUGCAUAUUUAAUUCACAACAUAAGUAUUUUUUUGUAGCUGUCUUUACUACUUUUUCCAUUAUGAACCUACAGUGUAUGUGUGUUCAAGGAAUAUCUCUGUCUCCCAGAAAGGAGGAUGUGUGUGGGAACUGUCAAUAGGUAAACCAUUUAGCUAUGUUUUUUGUGUUCAAGAAUACUACUUUACAAAUUACCGUUAUGCAAAAUUCUCAGACUAUUAACUUAAGCCUGGCAACAGUGACCGAUAUUCGCUUUGUCAUUUAUAUCAUAUCUUGGAAGUGUUUUGCCCUAUAUCAUAAUGUACCAGAACAGAACAAACUUGUUGGCAGGCAGGGAUAAGUAUGUCUGUUAGCAGACUGAUCUUGCUUACAGAACAGUUAGAAAAAUGACUAGCUGAUGUGCUUCUACAUCAUUACAGGGUUUUCCACUGGCCUCUGAGAAUAUUUAUGUGCUUGAGAAGUAACACUCUUGAGAUGUUGUUUGUAACCUGCUUAAAGCCCAUUUGGUAAGGCAUUCUGGGAAAGAUAUUGACUACUUUUAAUAUUGUCACUCUGUCAGCAAGGACCACAGUGAGGGGACCCAAUCACCACAGCAACUUUAGGGAGAUUUUUUUCUUCAUUCAGCCAAUAUCUGUUCUUUACUUACCUCAGGAAUGUGAAUGCAUUUUCAUAAAUGGUAUGUAAAUAUGAAAACAAAGUUGAAGAAUUGGAUCCUGACUCUUCAGCAGACAGUGAAGUAGAUGCGGUGGCUAAGUUUAGAAGUGGGGAAAAGAAGAAUUGGGGGGGGGCAGUUGUGUGUUAGCAUGAUCAGGCCUGACCAUGUCUUGCUUUGGGAUCAUCUGUAAGAAUUUUUUGGUUCUUAAGAGUGUGGACUCUUCCAUUCUGUUGCAUUGCACACUCCAAAGAAACAGAUUUUCAAAAUGUUAAGAGGUAGAAGUGAUUCAGUGAGGGGGGGGGUGUCUUCAUUAAUUUAAGGGGAAGACACUUCAGGCUUCUUUAUGCUGCUCUUAAUAUUAACGUACUGAGAAUGGAAGAUCUAGUUUCUGCAUGCUUUGAGUUUUCCAGCUUGGCUCUGUAAUAAGCAUCAAUGCAAGUACCCCUGGUAAGCUGCAUGAACUUUAAUAUGGUGAAUGUGGGGUUGUUGUUUUUUUAUUCAUUAGUAGUGCAAAACCACACACUUUAUAAAGUUUGGAACUUCCAGUAAGAAAAAAAAAUCACACUUAGUCCUCCUGUUCACCUAACUAUUUGGGACCAAACGUUUUAAGCAUUUCCAAAACUAGCUUUUUAUAUUGUACAGGGGGGGAAAUCAGACACAGUGUCUUAUAGAGCUUGAUACCAUCACAAAAUGUGGGGAAAUGUAGCAGAAAAAACCCCAAGUGUGUUAAAUAGUUCUUGGGCACACGCUGAGCAGGAAGAAGUCUUGAGUUUUGAAAUGACUGUGUACAUCCUGUUGCUCUGUCUGGGCGUUUACAAAUUAGUCUCUUCCCCCCGCUCACUGCCUUUUUGGAAGCUAAUAACUCAAACACCUGUUACUUAAUUUGGUACUUUUAAAAUACAAUCUGAACCUAGAUUGUGUUAAGAUGCUCAGCAGUUACAUAAAGGAAAGAAUAGUACAGCCAGCUUGUUGGUUAUUGACUAAUAAAAGGUUCCAAGGUCUGUAAGAGAAGUCUGUUACUACACAGUUUGUUACUUGGAACCCUCAUUCCCACCCCAAGUUGCAGCAAAUCUCUUUGGGGUAAACAGGACAUUAGUCAACGAAGCUAUCCUCCAUUCUGGUAAGUAGCCACAGCUCACCAGUUGGGAAUAAAUGAGAUUUCAUGCAUGUAUGUGCGGAGAAUGUUUGUUUAUAUUCCAUAUUAAGAAACAUUUUCCAGUUUUGUGCAGUGAGGGGUGUGUGUGUACGUAUAUGUAUUGUCUCCUCUAAUAGUGUCUAAGUUCCAUUUCUUUUGUUAUCUUAAAUGCCAAGGUAGUUUUGUGUGUUAUGUAGUACAAUUUCUAUACUGGCACAGACAGUUAAGUUCUUCCACACUGAAAGAAGGCUGUUUCUGCUGUCGUUAACUGGGUACAAUUUUUAGGACAAGUUCAGCAAAUAUUUAUUCUUAAAUACCCUGUUUAGUGAACUUUAUUAGAGGUAAUGUUGGAAGUAGGGGGCUGUGGGAGAAAGAUGGGACAACACGUUAGGUGAUCAUUAAAAUUAAUUGCUUGAGGUGAGUGGUUAGGAAAGUAUUUAUAAAUCUCUUGUAUUUUGUAUAAUUUUUUCCAUGGAAAGCAGAAACACAAAGUAGGCCUGAAGCACAAAGGCUUUGGAUAGUCAGACAAGAGAGUGGCAUCUAUAGGCUUUUACAAAAUUACAGUGUGACUUCAAGAUGGCCAAUGAACCCUGUGGAAUCUGUUUCCCCUCCCCUGUUAUAAAUUUUAGUGUAUUUAACAGAUUGAAAGCUUGGAUCAGUGAUUUGUUGUAUUUGACCACUGUUUUUAAAAAGGAAAAAAGAAGAUAUCCUUUGGCUUAAUGCCCUUGUAUGAAUUCUGAACACGACACACGGGAGAAAACUUGGGAUGUUCUUUGGGAGGAUGUAUGUACACAGUGUUUUUGAGUCCAGUUUUUAACUGGACAGUUGUUAAAUUUUAGUAGCAUGUGGGCAAAAAGUAUUGUUUGGAGAAGCUGCUGUUUGCUGAAAUUGUCACAGUGUUUUGGAGUUUUUUUUAAUUUUUGAAGUUGUGCCAACUAAUCAAGAUAUUUAAGUCAAUUUACCAGAUUUUAAUCACUAAUUCAAUAUAUAGCUUUUUAAAAAGUAACAGCCAUACAUGGAAAUUGUACAGCUUUCUACCCAGUCCUAGCACACAGAAAUAGUAAGAAAAUGGCUACUUAAAUCAAUUAACAAUUUAAAGAAAAGUUCAAUGGAACUGGCAC